AUGGAAAAAAGCCGAGCAAGGGCAGUGUAUGAAGCCAACCUUCCUGAUACUUUUCGAAUGCCUCAGACAGAUUCAACCCUGGAGGGUUUCAUAAGAGCAAAAUAUGAAGCUAAAAAACACAUAGCCAAAGAAUGGGUUUGUCCAUCGACAGUGAAGGUGUCAUGGGAUGCCGAGAUUGAAAUGGAAAUGAAAGGAAAAAAGGAAGCCAAACGCAAGACCAAUGAAAGUCCUGCCACCACCCUCGAGUUUCCUCCUAGCCAACCGUCGUCACGCACUCCUCGGACUGCUGAAUCGACGUCGACAAUCAGUUCAACUUCCUCAUCAGCGGUAAAAGAAGUUAAUCUACCGGCUCCGAUCGAAGUGCCAUCCCUACCUGCACCUACCAAAACUAGCUCGGCCGCUCAAGACCUAUUAGGAUUAGGAGUUUAUUGGACUCCUCAACCGUCAUACAUACCCAAUCCUUCAAUGAAUCAAUCGGCAUUUGGAUCGUCUCCGUCAAUGAAUCAAACAAACUGCAUGAUGGCUCUACGCUGUUGGAUGAUGCGGAUCGCCGCCGGCCUCAUUCAAAUUGAAAACGUCGGACCCGUCGGCCUAUCCUCGAGUUCGCUGAGGAAAUUCAACUGGAACAGCAGCAGCCGCAGCUCGUCGGCCGACCGGAUCGGCUCCAUCGAUUUGUCAUCCGCACCGCAGACUCCGCUCUCACCUGAUCCACCGUCACCUGUCGUCAUGCGUCAACCAUCCGCAUCGUCGAUGCCGUUGGAGGAGCGACAGACGAGUUUUGAUUUGGGAUCCUUCGGCCGUCUUGUUCACGCCGGCCGAAACGUUGCAGAUCGCCAUCCACAAGGCGGGGCCAACAAGAAAACUCAUCCGCUGGAUGGAGCCAUUAAGCCUGAAAAGGCCAAUCCGCUGGUGGAAGCCGUCCAGAAGAAUCCGCCUCAACUUAUCCGGGCUAAAACGUCGCCCAAAUUGACUCCACCUGCAUCCGCUUUCAACUUUAAAUCCGCACCCAUCGUGUCUCCUCCUUCUCCUCCGGUUACCAAUCUGCCGGAAGCCCCUCUAAAGAAAGCAGCCGAUCCGCCAGCGGCGCUAGUCGAGUCGGAAUCCAGCGACAAGUCCAGUUCAGUUCCUUCCGUCGAACCGGCGGAGGCUCAGACAAUUCCGCCUCUAUUAAAUCCAGCGAUUCAAAAGGAAUUGCAAAAGGCGGAGCAAUACAUCAAGGCGGCCAUGGCUCCUAUUCCCAGCUGGAAGGAGCGGGCCCGUCGCAGCAACACUGUGGAUUUCUCUUCCGGCCCUGGAUCGUCUUGGCGACCGGUCCAGGCUCCAUCGCAGAUGACAAUCAAGACGGAAAACGACCACAAUCUCUUCCAGAAGAACGCCGAGUCACAUUCUACCGGAUUGGGCCGUUCUCUGCCUUCCGAUCCUUCCGGCGGAGGCAUGUGGACCAACAAAUUUCAAACAUCCGCUCUUCGUUCGAGUCGCGACCGAAUUCGACGGCCACAACUCCGACGCAGAGCCGCAGCCGCCGGUCGAGUGCGGAUGACAAUCAAGCCCAGGUCCCAUCCAUCACAGCCGGUCUUCAUUUACAGUUCCAGAUUAAACCGGAAUCGGAGAAGUCGACCACGCCCCAAUCGCCAGUGA